AAGCCAGUUACCAGUGAAAUGCAGAUAUGACUGUGUGUUUUUAUGGGAUAGAAGGAGCACACAGUGCAAGCGCAAAUCCCAUUCAAACAGGUGUGAGGAGCAGAGAGAAUCCCAGGUGGCGCAUGUUGAUCGGAUAUGGGGCCAUAUAGGAGCUCAUUGUGAACAUCUUUGCGCCUUUUUUUAAGGGUUGAGCAACCCGCAUCCGAAAAUAGUGUUGGCUGUUUGAAAGUAGGUCGAUAGGAACUGAGAGCGACGUUUGUUUCCUUGCUUUUGUGUGUGUUCUUUGUUGUUUAGCGAGGACUGUGGGUUUUUUUUUUCAUAGCCUACCCUUUAGUGAAGAGGGUUUUACGCACAGGUGGGAGAUACCCGCUCAGCAUAGGACAGCCCCCCUCUCUGCUCCUCGGCGGAUGAUGUGAGGAAGUGACAUUUUUCACCGCUGCGGUUCGGGACAGCACUGCUCCUCUGCAAACAGGUGUGCUGCUGUCCGGGUCACUUUUACUGGGAAACCACGGGGAGGUAGCGUCCCAAAACCUGAACCAAGCCUCCAGGACGCGGGACAGCGGGGACCAGAGGAGGAAAAUCAACCCGGUCAAGUCUGUUCUUUAUUAGCCUGGGCUGUUUGAACGGGUUCAGACAGAGAGAGAGAGAGAGGGAGAGGGGGAGCGAUGGCAACGAAAAAGGCGUGCGUGGAUGCGCCCAAAAGGAGCCGGAGUCCGGUCGUGUUGGAGGCGGAGAUGUUCAGUGAAUUUCAGGACUGGUGUCUCCGGACUUAUGGAGACUCCGGUAAAACAAAGACCGUCACCCGGCGAAAAUAUAACAAAAUCAUGCAGACACUGUUGCAGAACGACGAGUCGGAUGGCGUUUAUGUCGACAACAGCCACAUCAACGCCAAAUUCAAAUUUUGGGUGAAGUCCAAAGGAUUUCAGGUCGGGACCAACGUUUUGGGAGAGCACAACAAGAAAGGAGCCCCAGGGAAACCCGUCCUAUAUGUCCCGGUCAAGUCAACGUGUUCAGAUGGGAAUGCGGCCCAAGACAACUCCUCCCUGAAGCGUGUAGCUGUGGUUGAAGACUUCUUUGACAUCAUCUAUGCCAUGCAUGUGGAGAUGGGUGCCGACCCUGGCAGAGCACCCAAACAUGCAGGCCAAAAGAAGACCUACAAAGCGAUAGCAGAGACCUACGCCUUCCUGCCCAGAGAGGCGGUGACUCGGUUCCUAAUGAGCUGUGGAGAGUGUCAGAAGAGGAUGCACAUCAACCCCAGCACUGCAGAGUUCAAAGAAAAUGACAGACCAACCUCUCUGGUCCCGGACCUCAUUGAUUACAACAUGCCUCUUACUGCCACCUACCUGAAACAAAUGAAACUGCAGUGCAUGACUGCCACUGAAAGGGAUGACAGUUCGGUGAGCAGCGAGGACAUGAACAGCACUGAGCCCACAUGGGUCGCAGCUGAGCAGCCCCCAGUGCCUGAGCCCAGUCCACCUAACGGAGAGCGAGUCAGCAACCCAGCAACCACCAUUAAAGAAGACGAUGAUGACGAUUCUUCGGAGAGCGGCAGUGCCAACGGGCUGCCGGCCCUGACCUCCCCAGACGUGCUGGCUGUGGGUGGGAACCCCCCAGAUGGUGGGGCCACUUACGGGGAGGUGACAGAGAACGGUUUAGGCGCUCCCCUGGACUUCAGCACCACCUCGUCCUCGUCCUCCUCGGAGGAUCAGCAGCCGGUCAAUCUGAGCGACAGACUGCUGCCCGCGGGGAGCUCGCCGCCAAACUCCUACCCCGCAGAGCCCAACAGGAAGUACCCCAUCAAAACAGAGUACACCAACAAGUCCCCUCCUUACAGCUCAGGAAGUUAUGACUCUGUGAAAACUGAACUGAGCAUGAGCGCAGAGGACUUGACCUCUGGUCGGGCACAGAUAAUUGACGACGACGAUGAUGAGCAUGACGACCACGAUGACAGUGACAAGAUCAAUGAUGCUGAGGGUAUGGACCCUGAGAGACUUAAAGCCUUCAAUAUGUUUGUGCGUCUGUUCGUGGAUGAGAAUCUGGACCGCAUGGUACCCAUCUCCAAACAGCCCAAGGAGAAGAUCCAGGCCAUCAUCGAGUCCUGUAGCCGCCAGUUCCCAGAGUUCCAGGAGCGCUCCCGCAAGCGCAUCCGCACCUACCUCAAAUCCUGUCGCCGCAUGAAAAAAGGCGGUUUUGAGAUACGACCAACACCUCCUCACCUCACCUCUGCCAUGGCUGAGAACAUCCUCGCUGCUGCCUGCGAGAGCGAAACCCGAAAUGCUGCCAAGAGGAUGCGGCUCGAUGUCUACCAAGCGACGGAUGAGCCAGCCUCUGUUGACAAGCCCAACGCGAGGGACCCGGCCCCCGUGGCCCCGACUGCGUUCUCCAUUUCUAGCGCAGCUUUUGCCCAGGACCAGCUCUACACCAAUGGAGGCCUCAACUACAACCUGCGGGGAUAUGGGACAGUUGGCAGCAACCAGCAGAACUCAGGUGCUGCACAAACCAAUGGUCCCACAGAUCUGAGUAUGAAGUCCGUCGGCCCGAACUCCUCCUCCUCCAGCUCCAACAGUCACGGUCAGGGAGGUGGCGGUGGUGGAGCUUCGGCCCAGCUGAGCCCUCCGGAGGUCACGGCGGUGAGGCAGCUCAUCGCAGGGUACCGGGAGUCUGCGGCCUUCCUGCUCCGCUCAGCAGAUGAGCUGGAAAACCUGAUCCUGCAGCAGAACUGAGUCCGAGCCAAACCGUGCCAAGACCCUCUCCCAGCCUGUCCUUCUCUAUCGCUCUCAGUCACACACAUUUGGGCAGACUUUCAUAUACAAAGACAGAAAUGUACAUGAGUGAUACUACAGCGCACAGUGGGUCCUGUAGGUAUGCUACCUUUACUUAUUCCCACAUGUUUAUGUAUUCGGACAGGCCAGAACAUAUCACAGGCUGAAAAAUGUUUAUUUAUGCAUUUGGUUCACUUUGACCUUAGUGCCCUGUUAUCUGUAGCCAUUCAUCCCAUUCAGUUCCUUUUACCACCUCAACCUCCAUUCGUCUCAGGAAGCGAUGAUCUAUGUGAAAAAAUGAAUCUGCAUUGGUACACAGGGGGAGUACCAGAGGUGUUAAAUUAGCUGUGACCAUAACGCCAAAUUGGCUCGUUUGUGCAGAUUUUUGGACAAAUUAAUAGUGAAAUAGCAGUGAUUUAGUGUCAGUACCUUGUUUCUAUUUUUACACAGAUGUAAAAUAUGCUGUGUGGUGGCAUGAUUUGAUUGGGUUGUCUGAAUCGAGUCAUUUCUCAAUGAUAACCCCUCCUCCAAUUUCAUCUCUGUUUCAUGUAACAUUUGGAGCGGUGAUUCGUUGACGUCCAUUUGUUGAACCACUGCUAAAUCCACUGACCUCAACAGAUUCUGUACGAUGUGCAAAAAAACAGUAGAGAAAAAAAUUGACACUUUGACAGUUUUCAACUGUAAACUUGGACCAACAGAUCAGACAAGUCGUGUGGUGAAAUCUAUACCUCGGUCCUGCUCUGUUGGAGUGGUUUCCAGAUUUUUAGACCCGUGGUUACUAAAAGACAAAGACUCAUUACCCAAGGUGACUUUAUAUUCAGUUACUUUAUUAUGAAUAUUUCUAUCACGGACAAUUUCUCAUUACUUAAAAAGAAGGAGGCUUUUAAGAAGCCUUGGUAUGCAAAUUGAGGUCACAGACACCUGUCAGGGACAAAAAGCAGAUUUAGACUCUUGGUUUUUAACCAGUGCUUCUGGAAAAAAGUGGAAAAGGGUGCAAUAUUGAAGAUAAUCAGUAAUGGUGUGCUUACUGAAAUGACUUGCUGAAGGCGUUUUUAAGGCAUUUUAAGAGGGGAAUACCUUACCACAGCCCCCCGCCUGCUGUUACUGUCAAGUUGUUAAAAAAAAAGAAAAAAAAGAAAUGAUAUCCCAUGCAGCAUUGUAGCCAAUUUCAAUGUUGUUGUUUGUUGUGAGUACUGAUCUUUAUUGCUAACCUCAUAACUGAGGCACUUUCAUGUAUCGGGAUCAGUCAUCCGUAGUGAUAAAAAGGAAAUGGGACCUGGCAGAAAAAUGAGACUUAAAUGUUGCACGUCUUUUUUUUACUUUAAAGUGAUUUGGGGUCAUUUUGUGAAGGAAUUGUUCUGUGAGUUUUCUUGAGUUGAAAGUGCACAUAGCGUUCACAUGCAUCCAUUACUGACAGUCAGAUGAAUGCAAGUGGUGUAACCCUAACGUCCAUAUGGCUUUACCGGAUGCAGCGUGAGUGUGUUGGCUGCUCAGACAAAACAAAGUCCUCCGUCGUCCGUCCGUCAGUGCGUCUGUAUCAUCCCCUCUGACCUCAGCCGCCUCCCUCCCAUCUCCACCGCUCUCGUGAAAACACACCGUCUGAAAACACACUGUCUGAAAAGAAGCAAGAGACAAUCUUUGAAAAAGAUGUAAUCGCAUCAUAGUUUACUCUCCCAGCUUUCUGCUAUGGUGCGUUUGUGUGUGUGUGUGUGUGUGUGUGUGUGUGUCUGUGUGUGUGUGUUUGUGUGUGUGUGUGUGUGUGUGUGUGUGUGUGUGUGUGUGUGUGUGUGUGUGUGUGUGUGAGAAUGUGUGUGUGCGUGUGUGGUCUGAGGGCACACAAAGAGUACUCAAAGCAGAUCUAGAGCACAGUCUCACAACAGACACUUUUAAUGGUGAGUCACUCGGCACAAAAACACUUGUGUAAGUGUGUGUAUGUGGUGUUUUUUUUUUGUUUGUUGUUGUUGUUGUUUCUAAUCUGUUUUUUUUUUUGUUGAUGUAAGUGUUGGUAGUGGCAGUAUGUUGAUUUUCUGUUUGUGUAUAAGUGGAGUGACCCAGUUUGUACAACAUCAACCUGUGAAGAUUUAAUUCAGUCGGCUGAAACAUUCCAAACAAGGACAAUGACUCUUCAAGCAGCCAAAUGUGGCUCGCACCUUAUUGAUCUGUCAAAGUUUAGAGAGAUAUAUUUCUGUAUUUAUCACAAAUCUAUCAUAUUUAUCAUGAAUCAGUCUAUUUCAGCGUCAUUCAUAAUUUUCCUCACCGCCAUCAGGCUGGUCUUACAUCAGUGUUGGAUUUACAUCUUAUUGACAUAUCGUGAUUGGGCUGCAUCACAUUUACAUUUAAUUCUAUUAUCUAUUGCAAGUUUGGAAGCACUUUAUAGCUCAGGAUUAAGGUAACAUAACACAGUGAUAUGAGUGUGUCUUUACCUCAUUUGGAAUAUCAGCUUCAGUUCAAACACAUUAGGAACUGAUUAUAACAAAGGACAAUUUGACACGACUCACAAUCAGAAGCAGUUUUCUCUCUGCUUUAUUGAUGACUAUAACUAAUAUCAAACAGCUCCUUUUUGGAAACUGUGUCGGAGCUCAGUUUGAACUUAUCGGUUUGCAUGGUCCACGUGGGGGAUGUUUCAUAAAGGAGCUCCAGAGAAAGGCAGGGUUUAUUGUGAAAAGCCUGUCUUGAAUUAGCCUAACAAACUGAACCAGGAUUGAUCUGUUUCAUAAAGCUGGUCUGCUUUAGUUCAUGAGUGGCAAAAAAGAUAUUCAUUAAUAAUAAUAACAGGUUUAGUUUCUUCCUAUGAGGCUGCAGCCAAAGUUGUUCAUCAGCUUUGUUUUAAUUGCAGUGUAUUACUAGAUAACUGUGUUUCAGAAAAAAAACACAUGAGCUCAAAUUUCAAUGAUGCAUUUAAAUGCAUCCCAUGUCAAUAUGCGAUGUGAAUUUGACAUGUGCUGCAAACUGACUCGUGUUCACAUGGCAGCAGUAAAGAGGAACCUUUGAGAGAACACUGUGUUUCAGUCUGACAGAUUCUGUCUGUAACACUGAGGUGACCGGAAAACUUACCCGACCAGGACCAGGUUAGUCUGGAGGGACCGGGCUAUGUCCUGGUUCAGAUUUAAGCUGAUCCUUUAAGAAGCAGAAUUUCCUGUGAGGCCUGGUUUAAGCUGGCGGAUCUUGUUUUAUGAAACACCCCUCUGGACUCAAACGGACGUAAUCAUAGAUGUACGUGGGACCUGAGUCCUCACACAUGUCUUCCUCGUCUCCUUCAACCUGCUCGUUUGUUACUGUGGCCAUAGCAGAACCUCUGCACUUCAUGUCGAACUCAGUGACGCCAUGUUGAAUCUUGUCCCAUUUUCAAAAAAACAAACACCUGCUUGCAGAUUUGUAUUCUGUCUUAAAGUCUACGCUGAGCAACAUUUUAGCUGUUUGGUGGAGUUACUGUGAUCAACAACAACCAAUUGUUGUCAUGUUGUUGUUGUUGUUGUUGUUUUUGUUUUGUUUUGUUUUGUUUUGUUUUGUUUUUCUUCUUACAAAUGCCCAAUGGAUUUUCUCUUUGUAUUGACUGGACAAUGUAAUCUAUUGGUGUUGAUUAAAAAUGCCCUGGUAGCUUGUGGAUUGCUAAAGUGGUCAGAUAAAUGUACUGUAUAGCUGUACAAAGAGUGAUAAAAGAUGUUUUAAACCUUUUUUUCUGUGGGUACAGCACUGUUUUAAAAAAAAAAUAUCAAAGUGGUUUUAGCCCUUGCCUGUUUUAACUUAUCAUUUGGUGGUGGUCUGUAUUACUUCUAUUGUUAUUUAUAUUAUUUCGAUUGUUGCCUCUCCUGCACUGAUAAGAGACUGUAGCUCUGUGCAGGGGGUUGUACUGUAAACCUGUGUGAAGCUUUGUAUUUUUCCCCUCUGGUUUUGGACUCAGUGAAAGUGUGAUGUUUACAUGUACAGUUUUUCAGAAUACUGUUCUUUUUUUUUUUGCGUCUUAUUCAGGCUAAUUUUUUCCCCCUCACCUAUACCCCUAAUCUGUGUACAUUUACCCAGAUAUUUUCCUUUUUGUUGUUUCAUUGCAUCAAGUGUAGACGUGACCUCUUUGACUACUUGGUCAUGGUCAGAGUGUGCCGUGACAACUGGUUGUGGUCGGCUCUGUGUUGUGGUGGCUUCCAAGCAUUUUAAUCUUAAGUAAAAGGGAGCUUCACAACUUCUCAAAGUGGACCAGAAAAGAUUAUUAAGGAUCAAGACGACUUUAAUCAGCUGUUUUAAAAUACUAUUGUGGCCUAAAUGGAGAACGGGGUGGGUGUAGGUACAUUUAUUAUACUACAUUAAGUGCUCAUAAUCUUUUAAUAUCCCGGCCGUGUUGUCAGGGAAAACUCCUUGUCCUUAACCUGACUGGUACCCUGAAAGGUACACUUUGACCUGUUGUAAUAUCUCCUCGGUAACAUAAAAGCCAUUCCCCUCUCCUGGCCUUUUUAAGGGGAACCCAUAAACCUCAGGAAAUACUGAAUCUCCAAGUUUAGUUUUUAUCCACUGAUUUCUUCUGAAAUGGGAUUUACGUCUCUAACGAAAACCAUUAACAUUUAUAUGAGAUGUCUAUUGUUUUGUACAUUUAUCAUUGUGAUUUAAAAGUGGAGCUUUUUCCAGUACCUGUGACUUAAUAUUUUGAUUUUUUUUUGGAGUGUUUAUAGGUAUGGAUAUUUAUUAUUAUAUGUGAAACUACAAAAAGACAAAAGAAAAGGUUGAACCUGUUUCAUUUGUAUGUUUCAUGCAAAACUGUCCAGGUGAGAUUCUCUCUGCCUCUUACAUAUCACUAAUGAGGGACUUGUGUUUGUUUGGAAAUAGCGCUUUUUCAGUGUUGCAUCAACGCUAUGACAAAAAAAACAAAAACAAAAAAAAAACAAAACAAAAAAAAAAAAACACCAGUGGUUUACCAACAGCAGAGUUGCAAAGCUCUCCUCUUCUCCUGAGAUGUCAGUAAUUGAAUAAAAUAGUGCGAUGAGCUAUCAAACUGAGA